AUGUAUCAGAAGACGAGGCCGAAGCCAAGUUCGCAGAGUCGCCAUCGCGUGGAAUCGAUCGAUGUGACUGCGUAUCACCCACUGCUUCGAUCGUUCAUUCCCGAUUCGGAGAGCCAGCUGGACUCGUUUCGGAAAGAAGUUCAUGCGUAUCGUCCAACCGCUACGAUCUGGGAGAUUCGGCACAACAAGGAGCAGGCGGCUGUUAUGCAGAAGAAACGACGAAUGCAUCAGUGGUCGAUCCAGCAAACGCAGGAAAAGGAAGUUCAGAAACGUGCCGACUCGAAGAAAGGCUGA